UUCCCCAAUCGCCUAUCGUCGCCGUCGCUGAUUUUUUCACCUCCUCAAACCUCUCAUCCUCUUUUCCUCUGCUUUCGUAUUCACAUGAACUUUAGUAUUGACGGAGCUGAAGGAGAAACUAUUGAAGAAUGCAUUAAGCUCGAUGCUGCUGGAGUAUUAUUUAAUCCCGUGAACUACUCCACAGUCGUGACCUUAAUGUGAUGACUCUGACAAACCAGUCUGUCCUAUUCUGUGACUCGCCAUGCAAAGCUAGAUUCCUCCUAAGACCAUUCUAAUGAUCUUUUCCCGACGCUGAACUGAACAAACCAGAAGUUGAAGAAUUUGAAAGGCAACGAAGAUGGCUCCCUCGUCUCCGAUCGGUGCUCAUUCUCAUCCCUCGUCAAUGGCUCCCGAAACCAUGGAGAACAACAUUCAGCCAUUUUAUGUCCUUCACAAAGCUUCAUCUCGAGGAAAAGAUAGAAAAUCUACAGGAUAUGGAAGAAAGAGAAGGAGAAAAGAGGCACCUUCAUCACUGCAAAGCCCUAAGAAACUUGACAGGAGUAUUGCGGAAGAACAUGAUGGCCAUCAUCUUCAGCAAUUGCAAUUUGAAGCAUUUUGCUUUAUUUGGUCAAAAAUUGAGUCAACUAUCAAGGAUGUUUUGAGAGAUAUCAAUGCUGGUGUUUUUGAUGAAAUACGACAAUGGGUUCUGGCAUGCUUCGAUGCUACUAGAGCAACUGGAGAACCUAGCUUUGCCAACUCAACUGGAUCUUUCCCUGUUCUGAACACAAGUACUCCUAGCCAGCUAUUCACUGGGUUGGUUAUUACCAAAAACGUGGAGUUUGUUGAUGACAUUUUGACAUUUGAAGAGCUUAGUCUCUUUUUGAAAUCGCAAGGCUGCCAUGUGGGUAAGCUAUCAUCAUUAGACUUUUCAGUGAAAAAUGGGAUUGCUGGUUGCCUAAAGGCUUUGUUGCGAGAGUUUAUGGACACCACUAUAGAUUCAGCUGAUAUAUCAAACUUAGCGUCAUGGUAUAGAGAACAAGGAAACUACAAUAAACCUCUGGUUCUAAUAAUUAAUGAUUUGGAAAGAUGCUCUAGGUCGGUCUUAACUGAUUUUAUCCCCAUGUUAUGUGAAUGGGUAAACAGGGUGCCGAUUAUCUUAAUAUUUGGAGUUACGACCACAGUGGAUUCCCUAAGAAGCAUUCUUCCAUCACAUGUUCUUCACCAUUUGUGCCCCUGUAAGUUUAUGCUUGGAUCACCAGCUGAGAGAAUGGAUUCAAUUAUUGAGACUGUUCUUGUGAAGCAUUGCACUAUAUUCAGUAUUGGUUACAAAGUGGCACUAUUUCUUAGAAACAACUUCUUAAACAGGGAUGGGACAUUAACUUCUUUUAUCCGAGCUUUGAAGAUAUCUUGCAUGUUACAUUUCUCUGUGGAGCCUCUGAGUCUUAUACUUAGCCAAAUACUUGCUGAAGAAGACCAGGAUGGAAAAUUUGCAUUAUCACCUGAUACAGUGUUGAAGUUUGUGCAUGAACUUCCACCGUGUGCAAGGAAUCGAAUGGCUGAUGAGACUGGGAGAAAUUUAGCCCAAGGCUUGGCAAAUUUGGUUAUUGCAAUGAAGCUUUGGAGCACUGCAGUCUUGUGCCUGCAUGAAGCUGGAAAAUAUAACAGAAUUCGACUGCUGGACUUGUUUUGUGAAGCACUCAAUUCAGAUUUGUUCCCAUCAAGGGCUUCUGAUUGUCAGGUGUCAAACAAAAAUGAUUGUGGCUUGUCCUCAUCCAGUUCCUACCAACAGUGUGCUAUUAUUCAAAAGGAUGGUUUUAUCUCCCAGAUAGUCCGCAAAGUGAGGGAUCUUCCUCCUGCAAUGUUAUUUCAGUUGAUUAAGAGCUGGGAAAAAUGUACUGAGGGUGUUGUUGAGAUUCAUGACAAAUUAAAAACGUUGCAAUCUUCACUAAGAUGUGAAGAUGGACAAUGGCCAACCAAGAUUUCUGACGUUUCCAAGAAACAUGCAACCAGGAUUUCAUUAAACAGUGAGGACUCAAGAGUCUUAAAUUCACAGGUUGUGACAUUCAUGAAUGACUUGAUCAGGAGUUAUAUCAGGCCCAUUUCAUGCAUGCCUUUCCAUGAAAUUUUCUGUUUUAAUGAGGCUGAGAAGCUACAAAUGGCUCUCACUGGAGAUCCAAGAAGCAGAAUUCAAGUUGAUCUUUUGGACUUCAAUAAAAUUUUGCGGUGCAGUUGCUGUAAAAAGAGUAGCUCUGCCCUAUUGCCAUCCAUGCAUGAUUCCUCAAUCAUGUAUUCCCUGGCUGAGGAGCACGGUGAUCUGAUUAAUCUUCAUGACUGGUUCAAGUCUUUUAAAACAAUUAUUCUUGACCAAAAGAAUAAACGCAAACAAAAGUUGAAGCAAUCCCCCCAUAAAAGGAAGAGAAAGGAUACAAAUGAAUCUAGUGAUCCAAGUGAAGCAUCAAUUCAAGCACGCUUUUGCAAUGCAGUUACAGAGUUGCAGAUAAUUGGCGUACUUAGAAUGCCCAGCAAGAGACGCCCUGAUUGUGUACAGAGAGUGGCCUUUGGACUUUGACUAUUAAGAGUGACUCGUGUUUGCUCAAAACUCAUCUGUAUUGUUUUUACUUCUUAGUUAUAUUUUAUUGAAUCAAUGAGUUAACCAUGGCUUAAUUUUAAUUGGGUUUGCUGCUAUACCCAAUCAAAUGAACUUAAUAUUUGCAGAAUGACCCAUGGCUCCAAAGAUUUGUAUUGCAUUAAUCUCUUAUACUUGAUUUAUUAUUUUACAGUUUUGUGGAGGUGUUCAAUUCGGCAGUUUUAUGGAGGUGUUCAAUUCAGUA